ACACAGUAUAGGGUCUCUCUCCCUCCAAAACCCCCCCCAAAACCCCCCAAACACCCCCCCCUCCAAUUUCCCUCCAGCUGAGUCAAUCUCUCCCAAGUUAAUACUGCGACACAUCCACAGUUCCUUCUUGCGGUCCACUCUAAACUGAACCCUAGAACUCUAGCCUCCACUAACGGUCUGGCUCCGGCUUCGUUCUAGGGUUUCCGCCGUUACAAACCCGCGGAAACAUGUCGUCCGAAAACGAGAUCGUAUUGCGCGACGUCACGAACGCCUGUCUCGUGGUGAGCGACCGCAUUGGCCGAGACCUCGCGGCUCACAGCGACCUCGAAGAAGCACUGGAAGCUUCCAGAUACGCCAGUCAUCCCUACUCUACUCACCCCAGAGAGUGGCCUCCUUUGGUUGAAGUGGUAGAUACCUGGGAGCUGCCUCCUGUACUUAUUGAAAGAUAUAAUGCAGCUGGUGGGGAAGGAACUGCUCUGUGUGGAAUAUUUCCAGAGAUACGGAGAGCUUGGGCAACAGUAGAUAACUCUCUGUUUCUAUGGCGUUUUGAUAAAUGGGAUGGUCAGUGUCCUGAAUAUAGUGGGGAGGAACAAGCUAUUUGUGCUGUUGACCUGGCCAAAGCUAAACCUGGCAUUUUUGUUGAAGCUAUCCAGUAUCUUUUGGUCUUAGCAACUCCUGUUGAGUUGAUUCUUUUAGGAGUAUGCUGUUCUGGAAGUGGUGAUGGUAUGGAUCCGUAUGCAGAGGUUUCACUGCAGCCUUUGCCAGAGUAUACUAUACCAUCUGAUGGCAUCACCAUGACAUGCAUCACUUGUACUGAUAGAGGUCACAUUUUCCUGGCUGGCCGUGAUGGCCACAUUUAUGAGUUGCAGUAUACAACUGGUUCAGGUUGGCACAAGCGUUGUCGUAAAGUUUGCCUGACUGCAGGUUUGGGAAGUGUCAUUUCGAGGUGGGUUGUACCAAACUUAUUCAAGUUUGGAACUGUGGACCCUAUUGUUGAAAUGGUGGUUGAUAACGAGAGACACAUUUUGUAUGCACGCACUGAAGAUAUGAAAAUUCAAGUGUUUGUUCUUGGGCCACAAGGAGAUGGUCCACUUAAGAAAGCUGCAGAAGAGAGAAAUUUGAUAAAUGCACAUUAUGGAGGUAGACAAUCAGCAGGGCCAAGAGCCCCUUCUCGAUCGGCAAAAACAUCAAUAGUUAGCAUUUCGCCUUUGUCAACACUGGAGUCAAAGUGGCUACAUCUUGUUGCUGUUUUGUCAGAUGGCAGAAGAUUGUACCUAUCCACUACUCCAUCUACUGGAAGCAGUGUAGUUGGAGGUUUGGGUGGAUUCAGUACUAAUGGUCAGAAGCCAAGCUGUUUAAAAGUAGUAGCAACUAGGCCUUCUCCUCCUUUGGGUGUUGGCGGUGCUUUCGGUGCCCUAUCUCUUGUUGGUCGAUCUCAGAGCGAAGAUUUAUCCCUUAAAAUAGAAUCAGCAUAUUAUUCUGCUGGAACUCUUGUUCUUUCUGACUCAUCUCCAUCAACCUCUUCUUCGCUUCUGAUUGUGAACAAAGAUUCAAGCACACAGUCUUCUUCAUCAGCUAAUAUAGCAACAGGUGCCAGGAGUUCUCGUGCAUUACGAGAAUCUGUAUCUUCUCUACCCAUUGAAGGACGAAUGCUUUGUGUGGCUGACAUUUUACCUCUUCCGGAAACAGCAGCUAUUGUGCACUCACUAUAUUCCCAAUUGGAAUUCUGUGGAUUUGAUAACUCGGGGGAAUCCAUUGAAAAGGCAUCCCGAAAACUCUGGGCUAGAGGCGAUCUUUCAACACAACACAUAUUACCAAGGAGAAGAAUCGUCCUAUUCAGCACAGUGGGCAUGAUGGAAGUUGUUUUCAAUAGGCCAGUUGACAUACUGAGGAGGAUAUUUGAGUCCAACUUGCCAAGAUCAUUGUUGGAAGAUUUUUUCAGUCGCUUUGGAGCUGGUGAGGCUGCGGCAAUGUGUUUAAUGCUGGCUGCAAGAAUAGUCCAUUCUGAAAGUUCGAUAAGCAAUGUUGUUGCUGAGAAGGCAGCAGAAGCUUUUGAGGACCCUAGACUUGUUGGAGUACCUCAACUAGAGGGUAGUGGUGCAUUAGGGAAUACAAGAACAGCAACUGGCGGAUUUAGUAUGGGGCAAGUUGUCCAAGAGGCUGAACCUGUUUUUUCAGGUGCACAUGAAGGGCUAUGCUUGUGCUCAUCAAGGUUGCUUUUACCUGUAUGGGAUUUUCCUGUUUUUGUGGUGACAGGUGGGAUAGUUGCAUGCAGAUUCUCUGCUGGGGCAAUGCAAAUUCUUGAAGACAAGUUUCGAUCUUUAGAGAGGUUUCUAAGAUCUAGGAGGAAUCAGAGAAGGGGACUGUACGGUUGUGUUGCCGGCCUUGGAGACUUGACUGGUUCAAUAUUGUAUGGAACUGGUUCAGAUCUCAGUACUGGAGAUAGAAGUAUGGUACGGAACUUGUUUGGUUCUAACUCUCGGAUUGAAUCUGGUGAUGGUGGCGCAUCUAAUAAAAGGCAAAGGCUUCCAUAUAGUCCGGCUGAACUAGCUGCAAUGGAGGUAAGGGCAAUUGAAUGUAUUAGGCAAUUGCUCCUUAGAUGCGCCGAAGCUCUUUUUUUGCUACAACUUCUUUCACAGCAUCAUGUGACGCGCUUGGUUCAGAACAUUGAUGCUAAUUUGCAACAGACAUUGGUUCAGCUGACAUUCCAUCAACUAGUCUGUUCUGAGGAAGGAGAUCAACUUGCUACAAGGCUCAUAUCUGCUUUGAUGGAGUAUUACACUGGACCUGAUGGCAGGGGAACAGUAGAUGAUAUCAGUGGUAGAUUACGCGAUCGGUGUCCAAGCUAUUUCAAGGAAGCAGAUUACAGAUUUUACUUGGCUGUGGAAUGUCUUGAGAGAGCUGCUGCAAGUUCUGAUACUGAGGAUAGGCAAAAUCUAGCUAGAGAAGCUUUCAACUACUUGAGUAAAGUUCCAGAGUCGGCAGACUUGCAAACUGUUUGCAAACGUUUUGCAGACCUGAGAUUUUAUGAAGCUGUGGUUCAACUGUCUCUGCAAAAAGCCCAGGCCCUUGACCCUUCUGGUGAUGCUCUUAAUGAGCAGAUAGAUGCAGGAAUGCGAGAACAUGCACUUGCUCGGCGUGAGCAGUGUUAUGAGAUUGUUACUAGUGCUUUGUGUGCUCUGAAAGGAGAAACUUCUCAAAGGGAAUUCGGUUCUCCUAUCAGACCUGUUGUGCAAUCUGCACUUGAUCCAGCCUCUCGGAAGAAAUAUAUCUGCCAGAUUAUUCAGCUUGGUGUCCAGUCACCUGAUAGACUAUUUCAUAAAUACCUGUAUCGGGCAUUAAUUGAUUUGGGCCUUGAAAAUGAGUUGCUGGAGUAUGGUGGCCCUGAUUUGGUGCCUUUUCUGCAAAGUGCUGGGCGUGAACCUGUACAAGAGGUUCGGGCUGUUCCUGCAGUGUCAUCAGCAACAUCUCCAAUGGGUCAUUCAGGAGUACACAUUUUGUCCAAUCAUCAAGCAAAAUAUUUUGAGCUUCUGGCACGUUAUUAUGUCAUGAAGCGGCAGCAUGUUCUUGCUGCUCACGCACUGUUAAGACUUGCAGAAAGGAGGCCUGUUGAUGGGGGGGAUGUCCCUACACUGGAACAGAGGCGUCAGUACCUAAGUCAUGCAGUUCUGCAGGCGAAGAAUUCAAGUAACAGCGAUGGAGUAGGUUCUACCCAUGGUGCUUUUGACGAUGGCCUGCUGGAUUUGCUUGAAGGAAAGCUUGCUGUUCUUGGAUUUCAAAUAAAGAUAAAAAAGGAAUUGGAGGUCAUGGCAUCUAAGUUGGAGGCAACUCCUAGCACAUCUGAAUCUGCUCCAAGUGACUCAUCUCCUGAUGGAAGCCAUGUUCCUGAUGCCAAUUUUGUGCAUUCUAUAAGAGAAAAGGUCAAAGAGGUAUCAUUGGAUUUGAAGAGCAUCACUCAACUGUAUAACGAGUAUGCAGUUCCGUUAGAGCUCUGGGAGAUAUGUCUGCAAAUGCUGUACUUUGCUAACUAUUCAGGUGACACUGAUAGUAGCAUUGUUAGAGAGACAUGGGCAAGGCUCAUCGAUCAAGCUCUUUCAAGGGGUGGCAUUGCUGAAGCUUGUGCAGUUCUGAAAAGGGUUGGCUCCCAUAUUUAUCCUGGAGAUGGAGCUGCAUUACCUUUAGAUACAUUAUGUCUUCACCUUGAAAAGGCUGCCUUGGAGCGAUUGGUUUCAGGGGUUGAAUCGGUUAAAGAUGACGAUGUGGCAAGGGCUCUUCUUGCUGCCUGCAAGGGUGCAAUAGAACCUGUCUUGAACACGUAUGACCAGCUGUUAUCAAAUGGAGCAAUUUUGCCGUCCCCAAAUUUAAGAUUACGGCUACUCCGUUCUGUGCUGGUAGUACUGCAUGAGUGGGCAAUGUCUGUAUUUGCACAGAGAAUGAAUACAAGUACUACUGGAGCAUCUCUAAUUCUUGGCGGAACAUUCUCAGUAGAUCAAACAAUAAUAUUUAGCCAAGGGAUUCGUGAUAAGAUCAUAAGUGCAGCAAACAGGUAUAUGACCGAGGUUCGUAGGUUAGCCCUUCCCCAGAACCAUACAGAGGCUGUCUACCGAGGUUUUCGAGAACUUGAAGAGUCACUUCUAACUCCUUUUUCUUUAAACCAAUUUUGAUUGUUCUCAUUACAUGUGGAGUAUGAAAUGCGUGUUUCUGCAUAUUUGGGGUUCAAUAAGGUUAUAUUGUAUUAACCAUAUCACAGCGUCAGGCAACAUUCCUGUACUAAUUUUGUGUAAGUGCGGUCUUCAUCUGAAAAGAAGCACAUCAGCAAUAUUCAACAAACUAGGAUUUCUUGUCCACUUUGAUGGCGGUUGGAGUAUGGUUCUGUUUGGUUCUGAAAUAAGAGAAAUUAUGCUGGAAGCCUGGGAUAUGUCUAGUUCAUGGGAAGACAAAGCUAUUGUUGCUGGAGUAGCAAUACCGCACGAUAUGAGAUUCCGGCUUUUACCUCCAGCCUAUGGGAAAUCAAGGUAAUAUUUCUAUUUUAGGGUUGUAUUAGGAUCUAACCCUCCAAUCAUUAAAUUUUUAUUUAAAGAUCCAUUGGCUUUGGCUUUGUUGUACCUUUGUUCUUACCGAGAUGCAGCGUAGGAAUAUGUUCUUCAGGGUAGGUGUUUGUGGUUUCUUUUUGAAUCCCAUGUGAUUGAGCAUUUUAGAUGGCAUAUCCCAGAAUUUUAUGAAGACCUCCCCCCCUUUUGCGUUGUAUACAUUGUUUUAGCAUAACUCAUAUUCAUAAUCAAAGUCAUGUCACAAGAAACUAUUCCUAGGAUCUAAA